AUGGUAGGAAUACUUAUAGAACCAGCUGAGAAAAAACUGUAUGAUAAUGUGACCCUCUUACACAUAGCAGCAGCAGAAGGGUACGUGGAUAUCGCCUCUAUACUGCUCGAAAAGGCCCCAAACAUGUGCUGGUCACGUGACGGAAACGGCAUGAACCCUAUUCAUGUGGCCGCCAUGAACGGCCGUGAGGAAGUGCUAAAAUUGCUCGUCGAGAAAGAUGCCUUUGCUUCUAUGGAGUGGUUGGACCGCGGAGAGACUGUGCUGCAUUUGUGCGUGAAACAUCGCAAGCUCGGAGCUUUGAAGGUUUUGGUGACCAAGUUGGGUGAGUUUGUGUGUGCAGAGGAUGAUGCUGGGGAGACAGUGUUGCAUUUGGCUGUUAGAUACAAACAACUUGAGAUAAUUCAAUACUUGACAAAAGACACCAAGAUCGACAAGAAAUCAAAGAAUUCCAAAUGGGAAACACCAAUAACAAUCCUAAAGCAACGCAUCUCCUAUUUCGGAUCUGACCACGACACCGAUGAAAUCAAACGGUUGCUCCGGUCUGGAUCCACCCACUCCUCUCAAACCCCCCCGGUCGAGUGGCUGACCAGGAAGCGCGACUCCAUCAUGGUGGUGGUGAUGGCGUUCCAGGCUGCCGUCAGCCCCACCGGCGGCGUGUGGCAGGAGGACACUCUUGCGCACAAGGCCGGGGAGGCCUACAAAGACCCUCACAUUUACCGGAACUUCAUACGCUCCAAUACGGUGGCAUUUGUGUCCUCACUCAGCAUUAUAUUGCUGCUGAUUAUUGGCUUACCCUUCAGGUACAGAUUCUUCAUGAUCAUGUGGGUGUCCGUCACAAUCACCUAUGGAGCUUCCAUUAUGGUAGCAACUCCUAAGGAAUCCCUCAGCCGCAUAAUCCAGCUUGCGAUCGUUGCCUGGGUCGGUCUGAUGACAAUUCUACUCCUCGCCAAUACAACUUUAUCGGAGAUUGAGGAAUGCCGGAAUUAA